AUGGACUCGGCGGGCUCAGCUGGGCUCUUGCUGCUGCUAUGUUUGCCAUUGCCAUUUACACUGACGCAUGCCUGGAGCCUGCCCGCGUCCGUCCCAGCUCCAGCACCAGCUCCAGCUGCGGCCUGGUCGCCAGUUGUGGCACCUGCUGCACGCAAACUAAAUGAGAUCUCGCCGUAUCUGGACCUGGCGCUGUGUCCCAUACGCGCUGAGCCCUGGGGCUGUGCCCGGCAGAAGUCGGCCAGGAUUCUGGACGUCUGGGACGAUGAACUCCAUUUGCAGUGGCAAAAAUUGAAAGUCGAAGCGGAUCGGCAGCUGAACGCGACGAUCGAGAGACGCGGCUACAGCGCCUCGGAGCUGCCCAUCAAAGAGAAGCCGUCGACUUUGCUCAAGAAAAUCGAGAUCGGCACCAAAUACAUGAAGGAGUAUCUCGCCGAGACGAUGGACGGUUUCCUUGGCCGCGAGUACGAGUAUCUGCAGUCACCGAAAGCGGCGGCAGAUGAUAGUGAAAAUGCGGAUUACGAUGAUGAGGAGACGGAUGCCGAGGAGGCGGAAUCGGCUGUCGAAAACAGCGGCGAGGAUGAGACGGACGAUGAUGCCUCCAACAGCGGCGAUCAGGAAACGAGCGAUGCCGAGGAGGAUGAAGCGGAAGCCGAGGCGGAGGCGGAGGCGGAGGCAGAGGACGAGCCAGAAAAUGAAAGUGCUCAAAGUCUGGCCGAGAGCAAUGCGCAGCCGGCGAACGAUGUGAAAACCUCGGUGUUCAGCGACGAUGGCACAUCCGGCGCCGUCGAGUUCAUAGAGCUCGAGGAUGGCGCCGAAGAUGCGGCGGGUGCAGUAAAGAAACCCGGCGGCGGCAAACGCAAGAAGAACAAGACCAAGCGCAAAAAGAAGGGCCAGCAACAACAGCCAGCCACAUUGGUUGUGGUGCAGGCAGCGCCGGAGCAGCAUGAAGUGGAUGACGGUCACGACAGCGAAACGCAGGUUGUCAGCCACGGAGGAGGAGGAGGAGGCGGACACGGAGGUGGCGGGAGGCCGUUCAAGCGCAAGACCAAGCGCGGCAAGCGCAAGCGGAAGGGUCAACAGUCGCAAGUGGUCGUCCAGGAGGAGACAAGCGAUCCCUUGGGCAUCGGUCUGCUGGACGAUCUGGUCGAUGCCGGCGUCGGCGUCGGCGGCGUCGGAGGCGGCGGUGGAAAGCGCAAGCAUAAGAACCCGAUUAAAUAUGGUAGAAGUAACGGAGUUACACGCGGCAAGAAGAAGAAGAAGAGGAAGGCAUACGCAAAGCUGGUGCUAAUUGGCUCCCUGCUAAAGGCCAAAAUCGAAUUGCUGCUGAAAAUACUGGGCGCCCAUUUGCAAGUGAAGUUCUUUGCCAUAGCCCUGAUCGGCUUGCUGAUAAAUAUCGCCCGGUUCUGGAUAGAUGUCAAGCGAGGCGGAACACCGUCCAAGGUUGUCUAUGUCGAACAUGCUCAUCAUCAGCACCAUUACGAGGACCAUGGCGAGGAUUGGGGCAGCGAGCAGGGCGGCAGCUACUGGAAGCGUUCCCUGCAAACGGAUCCAUCCAUUGAGGAGGUCGAUUCCUCCACGGACAGCUACCAGGUCAGACCGCAGCAGCAGCAGCUGCAGCAGACGCAGGAUCCCCACUAUCUGGCCUAUCGCAAUCAAUAUCAGUGGCAGUGA